AUGACGUAUAACUUCUGUGAUGAAUAUGGCCAGCCUUAUGUUUUGAUUAGAGAACAGGAGAAUAGAAAGAAGACCGAAGAGAAGAAUGUCCUUUCAGAGAAUGUCAAGUCAUUUUGUGAGAUAGUAGAUACUUUAAGUACUUCAGUAGGACCUUUUGGAGCAGAUAAAGCUAUCGUAAGUAGUGAUGGUGAAGUAAUUGUUACGAAUGAUGGUUCUACUAUCUUAAAAGAGAUGGAUAUUGAAUGUACGCCUAUGGGUCGUUUAAUUACUCAACUUAGUGCAGCUCAGGAUGAUGAGAUUGGUGAUGGUACAACUAGUGUAGUUAUUGUAGCUGCUUCAUUACUAAAGGAAGCAGAAGCUUUGGCUGAACGAGGUAUGCAUCCUUUAAAGAUUAUUCGUGGGUAUGAAGAGGCCUUAGAUAUUGCCUUGCGUACAAUUGAAGAGAAUUCACGUCGACUUAGUCGUGAUGAAUUGGCUGAAGCUAUGGUUGAGGUUGCCCAAAGUACUUUGAGUAGUAAAGUAGUUAGUCGUGAUAUUGAUAAUUACAUUCGCAUUGCCAUUGAGGCAGUGGGGGCAGUUGAAGACAGUCGCGGUCUAGCUAAUUUAGAACUCAUUAAGGUUGAGGGGGAGACUAAAACAGGACCUAGUGAACUUAUUAGAGGGAUUUACAUUCCUAAGGAGUUCAGUCAUAUUCAAAUGCCUAAAAAGAUAGUUGAUGCUAAGAUAGCUUUAUUAGCCUGUCCUUUUGAGCCGCCUAAGAUCAAGAUUAAGCAUGACUUGAAUGUAGAGAGUGUUGAGGAGUUCCAGAAGCUUUCAGCCUAUGAGAAGAAAGUCUUUACUGAUAUGGUGGCUUCAAUUAAGCAAGCAGGAGCUAAUGUAGUUCUGUGCCAAUGGGGAUUUGAUGAUGAAGCUAAUUCUUUAUUACAACAGGCUGGUAUUUCUGCUAUUAGAUGGGUAGGUGCCCAGGAAUUGGAAAUGGUAGCUAUUCAUUGUGGGGCGAGUAUUAUUUCUCGGUUUGAAGACUUAAAUGCUGAAGCCUUAGGUACGGGUAGUGCUACAGAAGUAGGAGGAAGUAUUAGGAUUGAAAAUGCCCAGAAAGGCAAAGCCGUGACUAUCUUAGUCCGUGGUGGAACUUCGGCUAUUAUUGAGGAGACUAAACGAAGUAUUAGGGAUGUUUUAUGUGCGAUUCGUAAUGUCAAGAAAGAUCCUAAGAUUGUGGAGGGAGCCGGUAAGAUUGAUUUACUUUGUGCAGCUGCCGUGGAGAAGGAAGUACCAGGAUCGAUUGGCAAGGCCUAUUCAAAGGCCCUUAAGGCCUUGCCUAUGGCACUAGCACGGAAUAUGGGUGAAGAUCCGAUUGAAGCUCUUUCUCGUGGCAUUGCAGAUGAUGUUUGGGAGGGUGCGUACGCCAAGAAGCACCAGUACAUUCUUGCCGUCCAAACAGCCAAGUCCAUUCUGCGUAUUGAUGACGUCAUAGGACUCUAA